UCUUUUAUGGUUUUUCUUGGUAUAAAUACUUUGUUUCCUUUCAACAUAUUUUUUCAUCAGGGUCCAGCUCCAAUUGAGCUUUUUUCCCCUUUUUACUCUUCUCUCAAUCUUUUUUCAUUCUUCUCCACCACCAAAACCAAAGUUAUCAUCUUUACUAUUAGUAAUUAUGGCUGAUCAACAAGUAAAGCAAGUGUCAUCAUACAGGAAAGGAUCAUCAAAGAAGAAGAACAACAUUUCAAGAAAGUGUGCUUCCUUGAUUAAAGAACAACGAGCCCGGAUUUACAUUCUCCGUCGAUGUGCCACUAUGCUUCUCUGUUGGUAUAUUCAAGGGGAUGAAUAAGUUCAUCGAUUUUCAAUUCCAAAAGCAAUUCCAUAACUACUACUACUACUACUACUUCAAUUAAACGUAUAACAAAAAUAACCAUACUCUACAUCGGCUACCUUAUUUCUACUUGUAUCCAUAUGUGCUUUCCCCUUUUUGGCUCCAUCCAUCAUUUUCACGUGCUUGACCAUGAAAAAGAAUCUGGAGGUUGAAUAUAUAAUUAAGUAAAUAAAAGUGUACAUUCUCGAUGGCUAAGUACUAAGGCACCUGGUCUUAUUGGUCCUGUUCGUCUUCCAUAGUUUCUUAGAGGUCUGCCUAGUUACUCUGUCUUUGUGAUCAUGUACCACUUUACAUUUUUUACCCAAUGGGUGCAAUACUCUAUUGGGUUUUUUGGUACAUGAACAAAUUACAGGGGAGACUUGUUGAUGGACACUUUGAAACAGAGGUUUUUGGACAAACAGGGUAAAAAAAAUGGAUGGGGAAGCUGACAGAGGGCAUUUCCAAGCAUAUGGUGGACACAAAGUAUAAACUGGUGGCACUGAAUAACAAGAAGUUGUUCUAUAUAAUCUGAAAGGCUGUUUUUCAUGUUUUACUAUGUAACAAGUGUAUAUGUAAUUGUAAUGCAAUCCACUAUGUUUUUACCUUACUUUCCUAGUAGGUCUGGAGCAAAUAUGGAAGCUCAAUAAAGAUCGACGUAACUAAGUGACAAUCAAAUAGUAAUUCAAUGAGUGUAAUACAUCCAUGGUGAUGUGCUAGCACCGUUACUACUAGUAUGAUUGUAUAAAUAAGGAGGGUUGCCUUAAUGGAAUAAAAGGAGGGAUUUCAUGUUU